CGUCAAGCGCUGCAGUUCGGCUCCAUGCCCUCCUACUGCAUUGCUAGGGGUGAUGAAGGGCCUGGGAAGUCCGGGGACAGGACUCAGACGUGGGGUGGGGAACAAAGCCGCCUCACGUGAUUACCAAUAACUUGACACGGAGAUGCUUUUCCUGGUUGUCUCUGUUGAGCGAGCUGCCCUUAUAAGUAUAUAGCCUGAGGCUCCACUGCUGGCACUCUCCGGCUGACUAAACUAAUCAGCGAGUUAACCAUGCAAUCCAUGGACGACCCGCCGCGCCGCCGUAAACAACGACAAGCGCCACAUGUUGACGAUGAUGAAACGGAAACUCCGCGUUCAGCGGAUGAUAUCCGUAAGACUAGGAAGCGGAAGGAACGUCUUGGGCGACCCUCUAGGCAUGACGUUGACAACGGCAAUACCCAGCAUAAACCAGAAGAGUCCUCCGCUUGGUUUGAUGGCCCUUUGGCUUUAACGCUUCUGCCUCCUAUAGGUUCAUUUCUUACUGGAGGCGACUAUGUCCGUGACGCGCUCAUACUCGCAUUACUCUUUUAUUACCUGCGCGCUCUCAUCAAAACACCCUGGGAGCUGUAUACCCGUUCUCGUGCCCGCCGUCCUCCUUCAGGGUACGAGGAAGAUCUCGAAUCAGAAGAUGAAGACGAGCCAGACCAUAUUCGUCAGAUACGAGUGCUCGCCCGUUCGGAGUUACGAUUCGCUGAAUUGACCUACCUUGCUCUCUGUCUCUUGACUCCUCUCAUAGGUACUAUGCUUCUCUGCUACGCUAGCUCCAUUAUGAGCGCCUCGGGAUCGAUCUCGUGGUUCUCCACUGGGCUCUUCAUCCUCGCCACUGGUAUCCGACCAUGGCGCCACCUAAUUUCCCUACUUACAAAUCGUACCGAAGCCCUCCAUGAUAUUGUAUAUGCUCCAAAAGUGAACAGUAGGGGUCGAGGACGAAGAACGAUCUCGGAAGACGAGAGGGAGAAGCAUAGGGACCAAAGAACAAAGGAAGCCGUCGAAGCUGCUAUCACGUUCUCCAAGGAGCAAACCUAUAAUACUCGCCGUGACCUUCAAGAUUCCACUGGAAGGAUCAGCGUUUUGGAGUCACAUAUCAACGAACUUGCCACAUCAUUGGAGACGCUCUCUACACGUCUCACCACCCCUCAUAGUCCUACCAACAUCCAGCAACGCGCCCAGCAGGAAGCGGCCAUUCAGGCUCAACUGGAGGCCCAAGUUCAAAACCAUGAUAAGACUCAAGCUGCUCUUUCCCAAGUCUCUUCACAUCUGAGCACACUUCAAACAUCCUUUUCUGCGCUUCAAGCUCGUGUAAGAACUCAGGAAGAAGUCGUCGAAGAUGCUCAGACAACCAUUCGCAAUGCUGCCCGCUCCUCGGAAAGUCUGAGGUCGGAUAUAGAGGUCCGCCUGGAUGAGACUGGUAGGGGUCUGGCAAAUCUAGAGCGUAGGCUGGAAGGGGAAGCUGAGAGACGAGCUGGCGAAGAAAGGAGUCAUACGGAACAACGCGACGCCGUGGAAGCACGGAUUGAAGGCAUCGAGCGUAGCCUUGGAAAUAUCGCUAAUCUUCUCGAAGCAAAUGAGAAAAAAGCCAAUGAUGCUCUCGUUUCUGCAAAUGCCACAGCUGCAAAACUCUCUUUUGGUCCACCGCCAGGGAACGUUCACGGUAAUCUCGAUGGUGCCAGCACACGUCCUAAUAUUCAUCCACUGGUUUGGACGGGAGGGAAUGGCACGACGGCUCAAAAACGACUCUCAUCUUCUGGGAAUGCAUUUCAGCUAUCUUCUUUACGUGAGAAUGAGGAAACAUUUAAUUGGACCAACCCUCUUUCACCAACCACGCAAGCCGCUCUUCAAAGAACUUCUACGGUCCCUGGUGGGAAGUUGAAAACACGCUCAAGAUCCCGAUCGGACGCCGUCCUGGGGAACGUACCGUAUGGUGAUUACCCCUUAUUUUCUUGCCGCGGACUUCAGGCGAGAAUGGUGGAAUAUACGUUUGGCGCAAUUUUGUUACCUGUGAAGAUAAGUCAAAGAGUUUUAGGGUUUAUGUUGAGUGUUAUUGGGAAAGGUGUGAGAACUGGGCAGAACUUUAAGGAGCGGAAGAGUUGGAAUGCCGGAUCUGCUGGUACUGGUGGUAUUAAGAAGCCGAAGAGGACGGAGUAAAGGAAGGUUGGUGCACGCGAGCUCGAGUUGCUUCUUGAUCGAUAACUACGUACCCUUCCCGAUCUAUGAUUGAUCCGAAUGAAAAAAUUAUUCUUGCAUUUAUUGGACCCGUGGAUCUUCUGUACAUUUCUUUUCAAUUGAAGCCUCUGCUUCGUCAUCUUCGCUCUCAUCUCGAAGGCGCCUCUCUCGCCGGUCACCACCCACUCGGUGCACCUUAAAUCUUCUUGGUUUGGUAGUAGCAACGGAAUCAAUACACGAUCCUUGCACCAGGGAUCCAAAUCGACCCUGCGGUGCAUACCGAACUCCCAUCAGCAUUGAGCCAAGGCAUCGAUGUUUUAAUUCAUGGUUUAGGAUAAUUAUAAAGAUACUAUCCUCAUG